GUAAAACAUCUGAUUAUCCUCAAAAAAGAAGUCGCAAUUUAUUAACAUUAAAUAAUAGCUCGAUUUUAAGUGAUACUCCAAAAGAAUCUUCAACCAUUGAUAUCGGAAUUCAAGUAACAAUAAAUAAUGAUCUUUUAACACAAAUAGAUACUUUGAAAACUUCUUUAGCUAAUCUUUUAGAAAUAGAUCAUGGAGAUAAUGAAAAUCUGGAACAACGAACUCGACCUAAUUCUCAUGUAGAACAACAACGCUUUUGUACAUAUUUGAGGAAAAAAGAAUUUUUCACUCUUAAAAAAAUUAAUAACACAUUAGCUAAUUUAGAUGGAGAUAUUAAAUUAAGUGAGGAAAUGAAAUCAUUCAGUAUACUUGCAAAAGAAAGACGACAAAAAUUUAUUCAAAAUACUUUAUUACAGCAAAGUAGUACUAACAUUUGGAAACCAAUUCCAGUAACAGAACAAGAGGCUGAUGCACUAAAAAAUGAAAGUGCAAUGAGAAAAGAAGAACUCAUUGCAAUCAUUAAUUCAGUGCUUAUUUCACUUCCUGAGUCACAAUGCGCAAAGUAUACUAACCUAAAAAAUAAAACAAAGGAUAUGCUUUUAACGAUAUUGCAAGAAAUAUAUGACUUAAAUAGUACCGAAGAAAUUAUAGACGAAGAAACUACUAUUAAUGAGCUUAUGAUGAAAGCUUAA